AUGUCCCUGAAAAGAUCGUAUAGCCAGUGGCCUGAAGGUAUCCCCUCAUUUAUUCGCCGACACGAAGAACCUGUCGAAUGGGAACAUAUCGGUGCCGCCACUCGUGCAUGGAGGUAUUUUGUUCGUGAGCGGUGGGUCGGCGGCAACACCGCAGAUCAACAGAAACGAGACCUGAUCGAACAAUGGGCAACAGUAGACCAAGAAUUCCGAGACAGCUAUCAAUCUCGAGCACCAGAGGACGAGCCUAGUUUUUUCGAAGGUCCCGAACUUACAGACGAGUCUUUCAUUAAAAGUGACGUUGAAAGAUUCUGCAUGGUCUACAUUUGUAUCACCGAAUUGAACGAAGAGAAACAAGCCCUCCUGGCUAAGUGUAUCCUGGGUUUAUUCCCAUGGGAGGAUGGCUGGGAAUUUCUAGCAUCCGAAAUUGUGAUGUUUUUGCCCUUGGAAGGUAAUCAAGGCGAUAUUCUCGAUACUUUCAAGCUCCAGCAAAGCGUCGCCCGGCCCAAUUUUCUCGAUAUGCAUAUGGCGCUUGAUGGAAUGGUGAUAUUCAGGGAUUGUUAUGCCAAGCUGAUUAUUGAUGACCGAACCCUGGAGACCGGACUGGGGCUUUGGGUUGAGUUCGGAACGAACGGCAUUUAUGAAAAGGCCUACCGGGCUCAAAUGAUGUCGGCGGGGUUGGCCGACUGUUAUCGUGAAAUUGGUCCUGGAAAUCAGACUGCGAUAGAGCGCGCGUUGGAGUAUAUUGAGUCAGGAUAUAGUGAUCUUGAUGAGGAUAGGGAUCCGAAGAUCAUCUUAGAGGAUGAGCCGGUCGAUAUGCGGAAGCCGCUUGUGGAGAUCUACCAGGGUGAUGAAGUCGAUCUAGUGGAUGACUAUGCUCCUGGCUUUCGUGAGGCAGAGGAGGAGGGAAAUGGCCUAGCGAUCGGAUUUGAUUUGCGUCAGAUACUUGCGAACGAUGGAAGUCCCUUGACAAUCUCAGAUCAUGAAAGAUUUUAG